AUGGAAUUUAGCAACACCGGAGGUAUGAGAAGUCCAUUUUCUCUCCGUGUAAGGCAGUCUAUUACAGGCAGAAAGCCUCUUGGAAUGUCUACGAGGAAAAAUCAAGGGAAGUUUAUACAAGCUCAAGGUUCAAAUGGAGAUGUGAUAUAUAAGACUCCUGUAAGCACAGUAGAGACAUUUGGUUCUCCAUUACCAGUGAUGGUCACGGAAACGCUUACUUUUGCUAGCGGUGAUGUGAGUGUCCGUCUAUCGCCUUGCGGUUGGUGUUGGUUGGUUGCUGGACGACGGGUAGUAGCAUGGCCACGUGAGACAAUCAGCAGUGGUGUAUCAUCACCCGCGCCGCUUGGGGCGCCACCUGCUGCACGAGAGUUGACCUUACCACAGACUGACUUAGCUCACAAGGCAGACUUGGUAGAACUCUUCUAUGAAGAUGGAGCACAGAUGCCAUCAUGUGUAGGCGUUUCACCAGAAGGCGUAGUAAGGUACUGGUGGUCCGUCGGCCACGAGAGUGCUUCUGUAGAUGUAUCUUGUGAUCUCGCUGGCCAAGAGUGCGACCGCCUUGUGGCUACAUCAGAAUAUCUGCUUUUAGCUACUACUACUUGUUCAGUAGUACUGUUAAAUCCACAGAAACAUGAGGGAAGAGCCACGGUAACCUGUCGGGUGCUUCGCCCUCCAAGUGGUUGGCUUGGCGGCAUUGGACGCCGUGUUUCGUUACUUUUCUUCGGUUCUAUGCCUGCUCAUGCUGACACUAAGUUAGUAGGUGUAAUAGUACUGUCAGAGGGUUCGUUAGACGCUAUCGAAGAAGGCGGUAAGGAAGGUUGCGUGGUUCUAGUAGGUGGUGGGGGCAAUGCGGGCGGCGGGCCUCUUAUACAAGUGUGGACUGCUGGAGAACUACACGAACAUAGUCUUAGGCGGCCACUUACUGAAGCACACGCGAGACAUGGUGAUUUGAGUGGGGCAGAAUUGGUGGCAUUAGAUGUGCGUGCUAGUGGCAGCAAGGGAUUGCUGCUGUUGAUCGCAGCUGAUCGCAGAUACGCUAUAGCACACAUAUCUAUAGAAGAUCCAGCUAAUCCGCGUGUGACGUCACUGGUUCCGCUUCGUAAUUGGCCAUGUGACGUCGACCAACCGCCGCCGAGAUUUUUGCCACUUGGACCUCUCGCUCUUCUAUAUACACCAAAUUAUUUAGCUCUGGUUUCAAGCACAGUAUCUAGUGACAAGGUAGAUAUAAUAGAUGUAUCCGCGGAAGGGGAUCGUAUAUUGGGCGCGGAACUUUGCGAUGGAACUCCGCUAAUAUUUAGCAAGAAGCACGGCGUUUUGGCACUGUCUACAGCUGAUAGUCUGAUACCCACCCCGUCAGUAUGUGAUAGUCCGAUGGGUUCACCGUGUCCAUCUGACAUGUACGACGGAAACUUGUCGCUGUACGAAAUCGAUCCGCACGAGGUUAGUUCUGUGACGACAGACUUAUGUGGGCAGUUAAAAGCGGCGUUUCUAUUCUAUGUGAGGCGUGAAGAAGCAUCCUGUCGAUCUAUGCUUCAACAAUUGCCGGCUGCUGCUUUACCUACGACCGCUGUAUCUAUUGCCACUGAUAUGUUGGAUGAUGCACCGGCUGGUGAUCCCAGGUGGAAAGCUCGAAUAGGUGGAUUACGAACUCGAAUUCCUCUAGGAAGCAGCUCUGCGUUAGCGCACGCUCAGCAAUUGAGAGAUAAACAACGCGCAUUAGCCUUAUUCCGGGACUUCCUACGAACACAAGGUGUACUACAUGAGCCAAGUGAGAGCGGCAAGAGUACAGCACAAGAGCUAUGCUCUCUAGCAGAAAAACUCGCGAUGGCGAUAGCGCUACGUCGCUUACAAGAUGGUAACGAUGCACAGCUCAUCACAGCAGCUAUACAGCAGGUUGUAUGCGGCGAUAACAAUGAAGUAGAAGAAGAGCCAGAAGUGGAAGAAGCACUGUCGUCCGGUGCUCUAUCUCCCUCUGAUGUUUGCUACCGGCGCGUCACUAAGAUCACACGCGUCAUUCGCGCGAUAGCUGCGAGUGCGCACGCGCAUGCUCAUCACGACCCAAGAGCAGCCGCUCUACACGCCGCCGCUGCUAUAAAUAUUGUUAAUAUCGUGUUAGGUGAGGCUCACAAGGUGCGGACACAAUGGUCUGAUGGAGCCAAUAUUGGAUUCCCACGUGAUCUUAUACCACCUAUCGUACAGCUAGUACGUCGUGCGCUUGCGCAAUCGGCUCACAACUGUCCGGACGCGACCGCUCGCUGGCAGGUAGUAGAAGCGGCGGCCGCGCUCGCUGAUCGCGCACUCUCGGACCGCACGCCCGCUCCUGCCGCGAUGAGACGUGAUCUCAUACAGCCUUUCGUGGACGAAGGCUUAGUAGAACGCGCUGCCGUAUUGGCUGAGAAGUUCAAGGACUAUGAAUUACUGAUAGAAAUGUGUAUAAACAGUAACGAUCUGGAAAGGCUGUAUUCUUACAUCGAGAAAUAUUCAGAUGAGGGUGUAGCGGAGUUGUCGUUCGCUCGUAUAGUGGAACGCGGAGGUGCUUUAGUACCUCAAUUGCUACGUUGCACUCGGCCUGGAGUGGCUUCUAGAUUAUGCGCGUGGUUACGAGCGGUGCCCGGGCGCGCGCCAUUACUAGCCCUCCAUCUUCUUGCAGCUGGUGACGUUGCUGCCGCCGCGCCACCUCUCGUACAACUGGCCACUUCUGAGACAGACAGCGUGAGCAGGAUGACGACAAUGGCAUCUCUUGCCAAACUCUGUCUGCUAGCGUCAGACGAGUCUGAUACUCCUCCAGAUCUGCGUCCUAAAAUCGAGUCUAGUUUGGCCCUAGCUGAGCAACAUACAGCAUUGCCGAGAGAUAUUCGUGUACAUUACGGACUUGAUGCUGAGGACACGAAGGUUCUACAGCCGGAAGAUAUUAUUCAGAUGUACAUAGAAUCAGAGAGCAAGUCCCUUACGGAAUACGACAUGAAGAAAGCUUUGGACAUGACCGAUUAUGUUAAAGACAUGGAACGCCGAGACGACCUUCGCCUAAGAGUAUGGUGUGCGUGUAUUAGACGAGACGAUUGGACGUCGUAUCGCGUAGAUGAACCAGACGCAGCGAUACGAGAUAAGAUGUUUUUCCGUCUGAUAGAGCUCGUACAUCUUAUGGGAGGUGAUUUAGAAAUAUUACUGCCGCCAGCGGAGGAUAUUCUAACAGCUCGCGAGUUGGCAGAGCUGGGCUCUGAUUCGCGAUUCCAUUUCCUCAUCAAGUAUGGCUACCAGUGCAUGCAUCAAGCAGUAACUGUUGAAUAAUGCCGCGCGGUACAAACACAAUUUACAAAACAUAGGUUUUUAACAGAGCAAUUUUUUUUCUACAGUUUAGUAUCGAUAAUAUAACAUAAUUACUUAAACAUAUUGUAAUUUCAUAUUAAAAAUACUUAUUCGAUGUUGAUUCUAAACUAAGUGAUCACCCCUCAAUGAAACUUUAAUAGUUAAUUUUAUAACAGCAAAGACGAAGAGAUAAGGAGGAGUUAACCUGGAAAAGAGUGUUGGGCUAUAUUCCUUUAAUUUGGAUUGUAAAAACGAUGCCCGAUGAAAGAACGACAAAACUAGUAUACAAAUGAUAUGGUGGAAGGAUGUAGAAGUCGCGAAAGGCUCAGAAACUCCUUUUACGAUCAUAGCGACCACGUUUUAUUAGAAGAUAAUACCAAAAGCCAUAAAAACUGGCAAGCAUGAAUGAAGAGUCAUAAAGGUUGAGGCGAAAGACGUAUGUCAGAACAGUACCGCGCUCGGUCUUCUUCUUCUUCUAUUAAUGGCUUAUCUGCGCAUUUCGCAUAAUUCUGCCAAUGUCAAGUGAAUAAAUAAAUUUCUACAUGUAAAAUGAAAAUGAAAUGAAUGAAAGAUGGCGAAUCCUCGUUAAAGUAAACGUGGCUCAGUAGGGUAACCAUGAGUAGUGAUGUUUUUAUAUGGAAAACAUUCUUUAUCUCUGAUGAUAGAGAUAAAAAAAAAUUUACAGCAACGAUGACAAUAACCAAAAUUUGUGCACUGUUUAAAAAUUCUGUAUAUGGAUAGACUUUCCAAACUAUCAUAUAUCACAUAAAAUCCAAAAGCUUUUUUGCUUCGAGUUGGUCGUCGACGACCAUUACUAAACGACGUCUUUAUAGAAAUAAUUAUAUUAUUUUAACUUGACGUUAUUUUCCGUCAUAACAAAAACAACAAUUCAUAAAAAAAGCGGAAGAAACAAUAGCGAUCAGUACGGACAGACACUUACGCGAUGUAGUUGUGAUUUAUUAGACACGGGCCUAAAGCGUUCAGAUAUUUAUUUAUUAGGUGUCAAUAAUGGCAUAUAAAAUAUAGUGUGCCAAAGUCCUAACGCUGAAUGAAGAAAUACAUAGGUAACUGUAUCUUCACUUUUUUAUUUUAGACAGACUCUGAAAUUAGUCACAACUAAAUUUUUUAAUCUAUUCCAAUAAAUUCAGUUACUCUAUCGCAUUAAGUAUCACCUGUAAAAUUAGAUGCAAACGUGGUCAAUAAAUAAAUUAAAAAAGAAUGCUUAGAAAGUAAAUUCAUAUGCAGUGCCUCAUUUAUGAGAGCUAAUACUAUGCGGCCUAGGUCGCCAAGCCUGCAAAUCCGCUUCUGUGUGCCUGUAUAUGCGUUGCGAUGAAACGGGAGGGUGGGAGCCGUCAAUCGAAGCGAACAACUAGUAUAUUCUGAAAUAAAAUAUCGUCUUGGAUGCAUUGGAUUCCAUAAACCAAUAAUUUUGUUCCAAUAACUGUAAUAGUAUUUAAUAAUCUCGAAUAUUUUUGUGUUUCAUCGCAUUUGUUUUUAAGAAACGGGUAUGUAAAACUGUUAUAGUAAAUUUACAUGUACCAUAGUAAAUGUAGAAUAAGUAACUAGUAGUAAAUUGAUAAUGCCAUGAAUUGGGUUAUCGCUUCACGCUAAUGUGAGAGUUAGUUUGAAAGCACUCGAUGACACUGAAGUGAUUGUUAUUUAUUUUAAUUAUCUGACGCAUACUGCAUACAUAUCUUUUGAAUAAUCACAAUCUUCUAUCUCCUUCUAACUUAGUUAUGAGAGAGAAUAUAAAAAAAAAAUUGUUAUUAAAAAACAAGAGGGUGGAUAUCAAUAAAUCUAUGAUGCUUAUUUUAUUUUUUAUUUUUCUGUACGAUUUCAUAAUCGAUUAAUUGAAAUUAUACAUAUAUAAACGUCGAGUGUUUUAUAAGUAACACGCACAGAAAGAACUUUAAAAACUCACCAUUCGAUGAUUUCGGUCAGACUGAACUUAGAAUAAGCUAGUAUGUAGGUUGAGUAUUAAGAGUUUUGUUAAUUUGAUCGCUUCUUAUUACAUGUUGGAAUGUGUGAAAUAUAUGUAACUAAUAAAAAUGUAACUAAAUAUAAGUUAAAAUUAGCAUUUGAGACUUUCAAAUGUAUUCUCUAUAAUAAUUAAUCACAAGUAAAGUAAACGGAAAAUGACCCCUAUCCGUUUAUGAUAAGGUUUAAAUUAACUUUAUGAUUGAAAUAAAAACAUUAUUAUUAUAAUGUAUUCAGUAUAACGUAUUGCCCAGUUUUUUAUUAUUCUAGAUAUUUAAAAAACAGUUAAUUUCACUGUCAUGUUUGAAGUUAGAUCAGUUAUUUUUUUCUGUUUUUUUGUUUGUUCCAAGAACAUUAUUUAUUUAAGUAGUGUUUAAACUUUGUCCAAAGGUAAAAAAAAUAUAUGUAUAAUAUAGUAAACACGUAGUUGUUAUUAAAAAAAUUUAGAUUGAAAAUUUCAGUUUUGUAGUGGUGUAGUGUAUGGGUAUAAUGUAUACCUUUACAAAUUGUUAAAUGUAUUGUUUUUUAGUUGAUUUUCAUAUUAAACAGUACGGUGCCUAUCACAAAAUUAAAUGAAGAAUAUGUUGUAAGUAAUUCAACUUGUUUAAGGUUAACCCCUCGAUGUCAUGUCAAGGUAAUUAUGCAAUAAAUAAAACAUUUUUUUCAAAUUUUUGUUUAUUUUAUAAAUCCUACUGAAAUGCCAAUCAAAGUUAUCGUAGUGAAAACAAUAAUUCAGUAAAGAAACAUUACUUUUAAUUGAAUAUAACGAUACAAAGCAGGGCACGUAUUUAAAAAAAUAUACUGUAGAUUAUGGAACUAAAAAUAUAUUUGACUUUUUUAUUAAUUUGAAACCAGUGAAUAAUCAAAUUUGUAAAAAAUAAAAAUAGUCAUUGACCUGUGAUUAAAGAGUGCUAACGCGUCUUCGCGUCUCUCUUGAAUACGAGAUUAUUACAGAAAUUACGAU